UUUGACAUGUUUUUGUUGGUCAUUGGUGUUGCACGUAAUACUGCAAGUUUUGCGCAUUGUGAUGAGUUCAUCACGCUUGUAUAUUUGUAUAUGUAGAGACUAGACGUCGAUGAAACACACGAGAUGGUUAUUAACUUCUUAAAAGAGUUUUGUCGUGUUGUCGUACCUCUGUAUUCACACAAAGCUUUGUCAACACAUGUAUUUGCCCGACGACGAGCGCCUUCGUUGGGAAAGCGUUUUAUCGCACUUUCGCGGAGCAGCACUUCUGUGAAUCACAGGAAACUGGUUAGAAACGGCGGGGAGAAGAAAUCAGCGAUUUGGAUAGAGGGAAAUAUUGCAAGUGGAAAGACAACAUGUCUGGAAUACUUCAGCAAAACCAGUGACAUUGAGGUGCUAACAGAGCCUAUGUCUAAAUGGAGAAAUGUACAAGGAUGCAAUCCAUUGGGACUGAUGUACCAGGACCCAUCCAGAUGGGGACUCACUCUUCAGACAUAUGUCCAACUGACCAUGCUGGAUCGCCAUGUCUUGCCAAUGUCAGCACCAAUCAGAAUGAUGGAAAGAUCUAUUUACAGUGCAAAGUACAUUUUUGUGGAAAAUCUUUAUAAAAGUGGAAAAAUGCCCGAGGUGGACUUUGCUGUUUUAAGUGAAUGGUUUGAGUGGAUCAUAAAGAAUAUUGCUAUUCCUGUGGAUCUUAUUGUUUACCUGCAGACUUCUCCACAGACCUGUUACGAGAGACUAAAGCAGAGGUGCAGAGAGGAAGAGAAGGUUAUUCCACUGGAAUACCUAGAAUCAAUCCAUAAGCUCUACGAGGACUGGCUCAUUCAUCACAAGUCGUUUGAGGUUCCUGCUCCAGUUCUGGUAAUCCCAGCAGAUCAUGAUCUUAAGAAGAUGCUGCAUCAGUAUGAGGAGAACAGAGAGAAGAUACUUAUGGCACAUUGUUAAGUGAAUGAUCAGAGACCACGAUGAUCAGAUCUCAGCACUCAAAAGACAAUUCCAAACUGGGUUUACAAACAUUCCUCCUGCAGUGGACAGUUGAUUUACAUAGUAGGAUUGGGAUAUUAGUUCAUAUGAUAGGUAUUUUAUUUAAAUGCUGACUUUUAUGAUCAUUAUUUUUUUUAUUUGUAUUUGCAGUCUUUGUAAACUUGUUUGAGCACUUAACAAGAGAAAUAGUCUUUUUAUUUAUAGUUUUGUUUAUGGAAUCAUUCCAUAUCAGCUAAAACUACUGCACUUUCCAUUUCCAUUUUUUCUUUCUUUUUUUUUUUUUUUUUUUGUCUGUAGACAUUUUAAAUUCAUAAUGUCAAUUCCAGACCGUGCGAAUAUACUGGAUGUGAUUGUCUUGUUUUUUACAGUGAAGUCAUCCUUCUAGGGUCUUCUUGCGAUUCUUGUGAGACAGUGUCACGAUCAAAUACAGGUACUGUGGUCAGUUUGUGUUACUGAAGGUGUUACCGUGACCGGUGUAAUUUAUAAUGCAUAAGGCAUUGUUUUAAAUAAACUGAAAAAAAAUGAUUUAAAAAUAGUGAUUUUAUUACAUUGUAAUUUACAGUCACAUAACUCUGGCGUGCUGCACUGUAACAUCAGUAAUAUGGCACGAAAAGACUGAAAAAAGAUUUUAAAAAAUUGUUUGCACCGUAUUCCUUUAAAUUAACAGGCAGUAUAAUCGAGAUGCACCAGGGGCCUCAUUUCUAAAAUGUUCCGUAAAAACUAAAAACCUACAUUUGAUCUAAGAUUGUUUCUCAAAUGUGCGUACAUGUGAUUCACAGAACUGACUGUACACACAAAAAGCAUGCGCACUCCUCUCACAGAUGUGAACCUAUAAAUAAUAAAAGAUCUUGAAUUUAGUUCUCUGUUUUGUAAACGACCCUUAAUGUCAUUUGCAUAUUAAAGUGCACCAAUCAGCGUCCAUAUUCUUUACUUGAGAAUGAUCAACCACAAUCAUUUUUAGAUCUGCAUUAAUCAGUACACCUUCUUAUAACCUGGCAUGGCACAAAGCACUUUUCCACGUCAAAGACCAUUUUUUAUAAAUCUUAACGUUGGAAUGAAUUUUGGCCCUAAGAUCAAAUCACUUCGAUCAAGUCUGUGCAUAUGCACAUUUUAUAAAUGAAGCCCCAAACACUAUUUUGUAGCACUUAUAUAACCCCAUUAAUCCUAGGUUAGACACCCCAGCAGAACAAAUGGUCCAUUAAGACGGGUGCACAUUUAUCUGUCUCUACAUUUCAUAAGGCACAGUACCUAGAAAAUCAAGCUCUAAUAAUCAUUUUGACCCAAGCAGAUUCAUGGAAAUUAUAGCAGCAAGAAACCUUCCUUCACUUAAAAAAAA